AUAGGAAAUUUUUCGACUGUUAAAUGAUAAACGAAUUUUAUUUUAUUGUCAAAUCAAAUCCGCGCAAAAUUGCGCAAAAUUUAAUUAGUAUAAUUUUGCUAACAAGAUGAUCGAAGCGCGAAGAAAAUCAUCCGUUAUUAACAAAGAGGAACUUUUAAAAUUAAUCAAAACACCGGUUAUAAAUAGCACAACAUUUGGAACAAGGCAUGUUCAAAUUAUACUCAUAUUUCUCUUAUCUGUCAUGACUUAUGUAAUCAGAAUAAGUAUGUCAGUAAUAAUAGUUGCUAUGACUGAUCCUACAUCAAAUCGAAAUAAGGAGAUUCCGGUUUAUAACUGGACAGAUAAAAGCUUAGUUGUCACAUCUUUUGUAUGGGGUUAUAUGAUUCCUCAAAUAGUUGCAGGUUAUUUGGCCACUAAUUUUGGUGCUAAAUGGUUUCUGGCGGGAUCUGUUAUAAUAAGUUCCUCUUUAGGACUUCUUAUUCCAGUAACCGCUGCCAUAUUAGGAUCUAAAGGAGUAAUGGGAUUAAGAUUGCUUCAAGGAAUAUCUCAAGGUUGUUUUUACCCCUCAAUACAUGCUUUCUUAAGUAAAUGGGUACCUGUUGGCGAAAGAAGUAGAUUGGGAACACUGCCAUACGUGGGUGCUCCAAUAGGUACAGUAAGUUCAAUGUUAUUAACAGGUUGGAUUGCUUCAGGCGCCUACGGUUGGCCAAUGGCCGUAUAUGUUUUUAGUGGAAUUGGUUUAACUGUUGGACUCGCAUUUACAUAUUUUGGAUCUGAUGAACCAAACAAACACCGCACUAUUACCGAGGAAGAGAGAGUUUAUAUAAAUUCAAAUUUAACAACGUCCAAUUCCAAUGAAGAAACAAAGAAUAUUCCAGUACCUUGGUUGGACAUCUUCACUUCUUUGCCUUUUUGGGCAUUAUUGGUGGCUCAAAUAGGAUGGUGUUGGAGCAAUUGGACAUUACUGCUAGAAACACCUAUUUAUAUGAAUCAUGUUAUGAAGUUUAACUUAAAAUCGAAUAGUGUCCUGUCAUCCCUUCCUUAUAUUGCUGAAGCUGUUUCUGCCAUAGGUUACAGCGUUAUAGCGGAUUAUCUCAUUGUGAAGAAUAUAUGCAGCAUUGGAAAAACCAGAAAAAUCAUGAAUUUCAUUGGUAUGGUCAUCCCGGGGAUAGCUUUGGUCGCUCUUGCUUUUUGUGAUUCAGAUGAUGCUUAUAAAGCUGUUACUCUAUUGGUCGCAAUUGGUCUUUUUGCAAGUGCCACAAGAAGUGGUUAUAAUGUCAAUCUAAUCGACUUGGCACCUAAUUUCGCUGGUAUUUUAAUGGGAAUUUGCAAUGGAACCGGUGCUGCUGUAGCUUCACUUGGACCGCUAGUAAUACAUCUUUUAGUCAAAGAUGAGAAUGAUCCUAAUCAAUGGAAAAUGAUUUUUUACAUUUCCGCGGCUAUGUCUAUAGUUAGUUUCAUAUUCAAUUGCUCAUUUACAUCCGGAUCCAUUCAACCCUGGAAUGAAGGCAGCAAGAAAUACCGGGGUAAGUCAAUUUACCUUAUUGUAUCUAUUGAGAGUAUACUUUCUAUUCAGCAUACAAGUCAACAUAGAAAAUAUUUCCUGAGUGUAAUGUUGAAGGGAUGGAACAUCAAAACAUAUGGAUGAAUUUACGUUUUUUUAUAUCGUAAACGUAAUCCGUCUACCGUAAGAUAUUGGUCUUGGGAAAGUAAACACCUGAACAUGGGCUCCAUAUCCCCAAAUAAUCAAAGUUUGAACAGAAAUUUUUGGGGUCUAAGACAAAUUUAACGGAAAAUAAAUAUUUGCAAUCUCAACGAAAGCAAAUUAUUCCUAUCUCUCUAUCUACAACUUGUUAACUUUCAGGAGGUUUGGUUCCAACAAGAGGUUGUUCUCCUCACAACAAGCGUGCGGCUUAAAAUAAUUUGGAGGAUUAGUGAUAAUUUUUUUGGGACAAGUUUAAAAGAAAAGUUUAUAGACACUGGCAAAGCUACAAAUACAACUUAUUGGUGGAAUUGCAAAUAAACAGCUGAAUAAGAGAAACGUGAUUUUUUUUUCUAAAUUGGAUAAAUUGAAUUCUAUAUAAAGAUUAUAUAUUUAACUUCAUUUUUAUCGAAAAUGAUUUUAUAAUAUUUAUCAAAUACUUGUUUUGAUAAUGAUUUUUUCCCUUUCUAAUAAGUAGUGUACAUCAAAAUAAAACAUAUAAUCUAGCGGAACAAAUUAGUUCAUCACAAUCCAAUCAAUUAAAAUAUAUUUCGGUAGGUUAAAAGUAUGCAGGUUGAAAAAUGCCUAAAUUACUUUUAAUCAAUAAUUUUUAUUAGCUCCAUUAAUCGAUCGACAUUUUUUCUUUUCACAUCAAAGAAUACACCAUAGCAUAACACACAGACACAGUUCUUUAAGAAACACAAACGUGAUUUAUAUUCGGUAAUUAUGUUUCGAUACUUGUAAUAGAUUGAAACUAUGAUAGUGGGUAUACCAAGAAAAAUGUAUGUAGAAUUAUUGUUCAACGAAUAAACUAGACGAUCGCUAGUAUUUCGUUUUGAUUUAUGUACAAGUAAAAACGCACUUCACAGACUUCAGAA